AUGACGUCUCAAUUCGGUGAGAAGCGUGGGGUAUCCAAAAGUGGCAAGGACGAAAUGGCGAUUAUGGAUCCCACCGAGAGUGACUUCGCCCUGGAACUGAAGCCGACCCCCAAGCAGACCUGCAUUCCUGAGCACCAACGCCAGCGAUUGGUCAGAUCUUAUUCUUUUUUACCAUCCAGUGUUUACCAGCGGGAAAGCGUGUUCGAUAUACCGGACAAGUCCUGGUCGGUUCUUUACUUCGGUGCUGCGAAGGACAGGGCCUUGAAGUAGUGUCAUCCAAGCAGACAGAUGACCCGUUCCCCCAUCCCAACAUUCCCGUAGUAGCACCAAUUGAAAUCGAAUGUCUGCAACCGCCUGGCCCACUGAUUGACUCCUUCGCCACCAUCUAAGCGUCCACCAGUCAUCCAUCAGACGUCGCGAAAUGUUAUAUAAAAUUGAAAUUCGCCCUCGUGCCAGUGCA